GUGGAGGUGCCAGUGCCCAUGAGCCAGGAGACCGUGGUGCAUGUGCCAAAGGUGAUGACGCAGACGCGCGUGAUGCACCAGCAUGUGGAGCAGGUUGUGGAGGUCCCCAUCCCGCAGACUCAGGAGCAGGUGGUGCACGUGCCCAAGAUCGUUGAGCACGAGCGCAUCGUCCACCAGCACGUUGAGCAGGUUGUGGAAGUCCACGUUCCAAUGAGCCAGGAGCAAGUGGUGCACGUUCCCAAGGUGAUGCAGCAGGAGCGAAACCACCACUUCCAUGUGGAGGAGAUUGUCGAUGUCCCAGUUGAGCAGAGGGUGGAGCAAAUUGUGCACGUGCCCAAGGUGCAGAAGGUCGAGAAGAUCGUCCACAAUCCUGUUGACCUGGAGGUCGAAGUUCCUCGCCCCGUCGUUGUUGAGAAGAUUGUGCAGGUGCCCACCGUUCACGUGGAGGAGAAGAUCGUCCGCGUUCCGAAGGUGCUCAACACCGUGGUGGAUACCGUGGUCCAGAACACCGUUGAGACUGUUGAGGUUGUGAAGCCGGUGGUGGUGCACAAGGUGGUGCAGCGAAAGAGGCCAGUCGUGCAAGAGGAC